AUGCUCAUAUUUUGCUAUURUGCGACUCGUGCAUGCACGGRCCGAUUGCUUGCGGUGCCGUGGUGCGGUUGGUGGUUGCCUGGUGUAGAUGCCUGUCAUCCAUAUGAGCCGUUCAAGUGUCCGGGUGAUGGUAAUUGCAUUUCAAUUCAAUAUUUAUGCGAUGGUGCGCCCGAUUGCUCCGAUGGCUACGACGAGGACAUGCGACUCUGUACGGCAGCUAAACGUCCACCUGUUGAGGAGACCGCCUCCUUUCUGCAAAGUCUUAUCGCCUCGCAUGGUCCCAAUUACUUGGAGAAGCUGUUCGGCAGUAAGGCUCGCGACGCACUGGCUCCGUUGGGUGGCGUGGAGAAGGUUGCCAUAGCCCUGAGCGAAUCACAGACGAUUGAAGAUUUUGGCGCCGCAUUGCAUUUGAUGAGAUCCGACUUGGAGCACUUACGAUCCGUUUUCAUGGCUGUCGAAAAUGGCGAUCUCGGCAUGUUGAAGUCGCUCGGCAUUAAAGACUCCGAACUGGGUGAUGUGAAGUUCUUUUUGGAGAAAUUAGUCAACACCGGUUUCCUAGACUGAGUGGCGCCAGAUCCCGCUUCUGGAUUUUAUUAUGCACACGCACAACCCAUUAACCCCAAUUUUUACUCGUAUUUGGGCACACCCUAUGACAACUACAACUACUAAAUACWUACGAACACGUAUUUGGUUUAAGUAGGUAAAGUAGGGAGACGCCUUAUUUACGAAUAAAAAUCAAACACACACACACACAAGAGCAGACAUACACACCAACAACAAAAMCAACAACAACAACAAACAGAAACRCAGAUACAUUGAAGCAGUKGUAUAACARAAAUAGCAAAAAACRCAUGAAAAAGUAGUUGGAACAUAAUUCUUUCUCAAAUCUUAAAGUGAGGGAACAAAUUACAGUGAAAUCUUCAAGUUUCUUUCCAUUUUCUACACACAUUACUUUUGUUGGACUUUUAUUUGUUUACCGACGUUUCGUUUUGACGUGUGUUUGCCGAAUUUUUAUAGAAAAAAGUCAAAGUAAAAAUCACAAAAAAAUUGCAAAAAAAAACUAUAUGAGACCAAAAAAAUCGAUUGUGUUUAGAAAAAGUAUAUAACUGAAAAUAGACUUAGGCAGGCGAAAGCGCGGGGCAGCGAAGUAGAAAUAAAAUGCGACAAUUACAUAGUUCCARGCAACCAAUAGCAGCUAUGUAUGUGUGAGUAGUUGAUGCGCCUUUGCGGGCGGUGCGUACUUCCGGGGAUUGCAUGAGCGAAUGCAAAUUACAACAAACAUAAUAUUAUGACUGGUUCUACUGCUACCAACUAUGCUUUGUUUGUAUGCUUUCUUUGCGCACCUUUUGCUUUACUCACUAGCUAAACGUUGCUUUCUAUUCGACACCAAGUCUAGGCGCUAUAUUGAAAACUGAAAUUUUUGAGAAAAGAAUAGUGUACAUUAAAAAAAAUAACAACAACAAAUAAAAGUAUGAAAUAGUUAAUGGUUUUCAGUGGUAUCUCAAUGUGUACAUUCCAAUUCAAUCAUAUUAAUAAUAAAAUGUGGAAGCAGGAUCGAUAUGAACAAUGAAAAAAACAAAACGAAAUGAAGAAACUAAGAAAAAAAUGCGAUAAAAUUGAGCAAUUACUAUGGAAAAUAAACUAAAUGGCGCAAACAAAAUGCAAUGUGUAUGGUGGAGAAUAGAAGAGUGCAAAACACAGGCAUUGCAGCAAAAAAAAUUAAAAUAAAAUAAAA